UGGCAACAUGAUAACUUUUAGAAAUCCUUAGUAAAUUUCUAAUCGCCUUUUGUUGUUAUUGUUAUUAAUCUGUUAGCUUUAAUUGAUUUGAGUAUUUGAAAUUUUAAGCUUCUGAAAGUUAUUUAUUUGGGUAUGUUUUGAUUUAUAUUAGACAAAUUAAAUCUUUUAUGUGAAAGAAAUUCAUACUGUGAAAAGUGUACGAUAUUACCAUACUGUUCUUCUGUUCUAUCAUUUAUAUUUCAAUUAUGCCAUUAUUUGGGAAAUCUCAAAAAAGUCCUAGUGAGUUAGUUAAAGUGUUAAGAGAAGCUAUUGUUAUUUUGGAAAAAGGAGAUAAAAAGGCUGAAAAGGCCCAAGAAGAUGUUUCUAAGCAUCUUGCCCUGAUGAAGACGAUGCUGUACGGUAGCAGUGAUCAGGAGCCCAAUUCUGACAUUGCUGUAGCGCAGUUGGCACAAGAGCUUUAUAACUGCAAUAUGUUGUUAUUACUUGUUCAGAAUUUGCCUAAAAUUGAUUUCGAGGGUAAAAAAGAUGUUGUACAAAUAUUUAGCAAUAUUCUACGAAGGCAAAUAGGAACCAGAUUACCAACUGUUGAGUAUAUUUGCACAAAGCCUGAAAUCUUAUUUACAUUAAUGAAGGGCUAUGAGAAACAGGAUAUCGCAUUGAAUUGUGGCACCAUGCUUAGAGAGUGUAUUCAUUACGAAGCAUUAGCGAAAAUCAUACUUUAUUCAGAUGAAUUUUACAAUUUCUUUAGAUAUGUCGAGGUAUCUACAUUUGAUAUUGCGUCCGAUGCCUUUUCAACAUUUAAGGAGUUGUUAACAAGACAUAAAGUCUUGUGUUCUGAGUUCCUUGAAAUGAAUUAUGACAGAGUUUUCAGCCACUAUCAGCACUUACUGAAUUCAGAAAACUAUGUCACCAAAAGGCAAUCUCUCAAACUUCUAGGAGAGUUGUUGUUAGACAGGCAUAAUUUUACGAUUAUGACUCGAUAUAUUAGCUCCCCUGAUAAUUUAAAACUCAUGAUGAAUAUGUUAAAAGAAAGGAGUAGGAAUAUACAAUUUGAAGCUUUCCACGUCUUUAAGGUAUUCGUGGCCAAUCCCAACAAGCCGAAGCCCGUCUUAGACAUUCUGCUGAGAAAUAAGGAUAAAUUAGUAGACUUUUUAUCGAACUUUCACACGGAUCGCUCCGACGACGAACAGUUUAACGAUGAGAAAGCCUAUUUAAUCAAACAAAUAAAAGAGCUUAAACCAGAUGAUUAGCAAUAUGUUCUGUAAUAAUAAAAGAAAAGGGUUGCGAGAGAGACAGUAGAAAGCUCUUGCUUGAGCAAUGCUUAGAAAGCAUUGGUCUUCAGUGGCUAGAGUUAUGUUCAGUUUUAUUAAAAUUGUGAUUUUCAGGACCCAGACAUGGUGAUAACAGUAUUGGAAAAAGAAAUAUAUAACUCUUAAAAUUUCAACUGUGUAUGUCAUAGGAAAUAACACAUUCUUUUUGCAACACAGCUUAGCAGUGUGCCGAGUUAGUUAGAAAAGUCUACAGUAUUUUUCUAAUCAGCCUAAAUAAGCAUAUUGUAGUCAGCCUACACACCUUUAGCAGAGAUGAUUGAGCUCCGGGAAAAAGCCGGAUUUUUCGCAAUCCCCGAUCAGGAAGUUUCGAGAAAUCGUUGAUUGCAUUUAUCAGGGUUUCCAGUCCGCAGGGAAAACCCGGGAAAUGCAGGGAAUUUAAAAAUCACCUAAAAUAACAGGGAAUUUUUAGUUUUUCUUUUCAAACUGGGAAAACACAGGGAAUUUUGUUUCUUGUCUUUCGAAAAAAGUGGUGACCACUCAGCGCAAUUUAUUUCAUAAAGGAUGAUAUUUCAGCCUAUGCAAAACUAUUUAAUUUACUAUAGCUUUAUUUGUGUUAAAUAUGUUAAGCUGUACCUUUUUCCUCUGAGUUUCUUGGGUAAUUAAAUUUAGUAUAGUUAGUACAACGUAGCUCACACAAGAGUGCCAGGGUUGCUGCUGCACAGGGAAAACCUGGAAAAUACAGGGAAUUUGAAAAUCACCUAAAAUAACAGGGAAUUUUGAUUUUUUAUUUACAAACUAGGAAAAUACAGGGAAUUUUGUUUCUUAUUUUUGUCUUUUAAAAAAUGGUGACCACUCAAAGCGUAAUCUAUGGUAUAUUUAACCAUGAUAUUUCAGGUAUACUAAACUAUUUCAUUUACUAUAGCAUUAAGUAUGUUCAGCUGUUUUUCCAGCAAUUAAAAUGAAUAAUUAUAGUUAGCCCAACAAUAGCUCACGCAAGAGCUCAUAUUAUUGUUUUCUCUUAAUAUAUUGUGCAUAAUAUGUACAAGGAAAACACAUGGAAUUUUUUUUCAAGAUUGAGUGGCAACCCUGUUUAUGUAUAAAAAUUCUUGUACUAGAAUUUGUACUUGGCAUCUCUUUUAUUUGAAAAUAUUUUUUCUGGUAGAAUAAUAAAUGUGAUUAUAGAUAAAGGUAAACGUAUACAUAAUUAAUCAUUUUAAUUACGCUGCAUAUAAUUUAUUUGAAAGUUCAUGUUUUGAUAAUAUCAAUGAUUUAAAUAUAUAAAGACAUUAAUUUUUUGAAAUGCGUCAUUAAUGACUCAAGAAAUUUUCAGGAUUUUUGAGUUGGGCUCACAAUCAUCCCUGCUUUAGGCUAAAUUAGUUAGAAAAUAUGUAUAUUUAUUGUUGUGCCGGCCUGAUUUAUUUCAAGACAGUUUGCAAUUAAUUCUGAUAAGUAAGGCUUAUUUUGAAUAGCCUUAUGAAAGGUUUAUUGCUGAAAGCCUGGGUUGAAUUCAGUCUAAUUCUUAGCACCUUUUUCUGACCGGCAUAUGAACUGAUUUUAAUACAUAAAAUGUAUUAGAAUACUGAAGAUAUUUUCAAUUAGCAAGGCACACUGCAAAGUGUUGAUAAAAUUGGAAUUUUCAAGUAUGAUAAAUAUAUAUAUAUAUGGUUCUUAAAGGUUAAGUUUUAAGAAAUUGUAAUAAUGAACUUGUCUUCAAAUACAUCCCAUUUAAAAGUAAAAACUUCAAGAAUGCUUUUUCCCCUGUGGCAGAAUUUUUUCAGGCUUUCUGUGACAAACUAAUAACUUUCUACAAGAUACUUUUAGUAAUAACAAAUAUACAUAUUACUAACUUAAAGUAACAGAACAUCAACUUCAAGAGGAAAAAAAACUUUUUGGAAAAAAUAAUGUCAUUUUUUUUAUUCUAAUAUUAUGAGCAAUAAUCUAGUAAUUUGGAGGGGGGAAACAUACUAAUUAUUAUUUUUGUUUUUUGUAAGUCAUCAUUAAAUUUAAAAACAAAAUUAAAAGUAGUGAAAUCCCAUAGCAGUAAGUACCUAGAAAAAAUAUAUCAAUGUCGAAAUAACGCAAAUCGAACUAUUUAAAAAGGGAGUUGCAAAUACUUGUUUUCAUUUCAAGAUUCAGCUGUUGUAAUAAAUAGUGUCAGAUUAAAAUAUCGGAUUUUAAAAACUGUGUGGAAAUCAAUAGCUGCCAAAAAAAAAUUCUGCGGGGGGAGAAAAAUAUAUUUUUUUUUAAACUUCAUUCUCCUCAAAUGAUAAUAGAAAAAUUACAAGCAUGUUUUUGUGAAGUGCGAGAAAGCAAUCUUUUGAAUAAAAUUCUGAAGAAAAGUUUAAAUCUUUUGAAAAUUUCUGCAGAAAGGAAAGUCCAAAUUUUUCACUUCCCAAAGGAAAAAUCUUUCGUCGAGAACUCUGUAACAUUCUACAAUGUCGCCACGUUUCUGCCACGGGGUUUUCUUCAAAUAUAAGAUGAGCAAAAAUGAUAAUUACAUAAGCAUUAAAAAAUCUGGGCCUUGUUAAUUUUCUUCCUUUCUUUCUUUUUCUUUUUUUAAGAAAAAAAGACAAAAAAGAAAGAAACUCAUAGUUACUAGUAUAUGAAAUACAUGCAAUCUGUGCAUUCGUCACAAAUGCACCAUGUUGUUACUCACAUUUGUAGUUUAUUUAGAAUUUUUUGUUUUUGCAAUGAAAAAUCACACAACUUUAGUUUUGGAGCUAUGUUCGUUGCUGUGUUUUAAAUUAUCUCUAACGUCAUAGAAAAAUUAUAUAAAAGACUCUAUUUUUUGUACAUUGCAUCGCUUUAAAUGUAAAACUGUAGAAGAAACUAUUCUCUUAAAUGUGAAAACUAUGUUAUGGUUAUGUGCAUUUUUCUUUUUUUUAUUAUUUUAUUGAAUAAUGUAAUCCUGACUUGUGUUCCCAUCUUGAAUAGUUGUUGUAGCCACUACUAAAAAAAAAGAAAAGAAAGAAAAUAUAUUUUUUAAACAUUGAUUUGUAUACUGUUAUGAAAUAUGCGUAUAAUUUACAGUUUGAGCCAUUUAUGUUUAUGAACUUGUAUUUUUUUCCUCCUCUUGUUGUAAAUGUUGCUUUGAAACAGUAAAUAAUCUAUCUUA